UUAUAUUUCGUGAUUUCUCACCAACAAACAUAAUGAGCCGUCUCUUGCUUUUAAACUGAGAGUGUGCGUGUGCGAAAAAGGGCUAUAAAAAACAUGGAAUAUGAUUCAACAAUAAUAAAGAAAAAAUGUAGACUUGUCAGCGACGGUUUUAAAAAGUGCCGUUAGUGUGCGAAUGGAGUAUUUAAAAUUAAUUUAAAUAAUGAGGAAUUCGCUCAUAAUUGAUUUAAGUAGCGCAACAGAAAACAGCACCAGCAACAUCAGCAGUAGCAUUUGCAUAAUUUUCCGCACAUACACAACCAUGUAAAUUUGCUGUGCUUUAGUUGCCAUUUACAGUGGAAGCAACAAGUGGUAUUUGUGGCUGUUGUUGUUGCUACACAGACACAGUUGCAUGGUUCAUCGUGUACUUAAAUGGCCAAGUUAGAAUCCACAUUCCACAAAGAGAACAAGAACAACACAAUGCAUCAAGUAGGAAGUGGCAACGGCAAUCGACCGCAGCAUCAAGAACAACAACAAAAUCUAUUAGUUUGCUAGCAAAUUUCAAAAUAAUUGCACAUUCUAGACAAUUUAGCUAAGGCACGAAGAAGUGGAAAACUGCAAUGAUGUGCAUUAUUUGUAAUUUGAGAAAACUCACACCAAAACACACUCACUCACUAAUACAGUCAAACAGAUAGACUGAAAGAGAGGGACAGAUUGCGAGACAGUGGUGAACAGGUAGGGGCCGCGCGCGCAGCUAGCGCCGACUACGUCUGCGUGCAGUCUUUCAUGCAUUGAAUCUCACACAGACACAGCACACAAGCACUGCAACCAUUCAUUUGAAUUCUACGUUAGGCUUUGUUGACAUGACUUUUUUUUUCUUGAUGUUGGCCCCCACAUCCACAUGUUAAUAUAUACAUAUAUGCAUAUGUGUGUGUGUGUGCUUAUUGAACUAGUUAAAUCUAUAACCGCUCUGGCCUUAAUUAUCAUAACAAUAGGCAAAAAGAAGACGAGUACUCACACACACAUGCACACAUAGAGACACAAAUAACCCGCAGCACCAAACUCUAACAUUUUCAGCGGAAAAGAAGAAGAGUGCGGUAGAAUGAGACUCAAACGCGAAAUGGUCACAACAUAAUUAGAACGAGCGAAAGGCAACAAAAGAACGCGCGCGAGUUCAAAUGUUGCACAGUGGAUUUCACAGCACAAAUAACUAAAAUAAAAAUGAAGAUAAAAUAAAAUAAAGUUGAAUAGUUAUGAUUGGUUAAUGGCUAUGUCUAAAAUAGAAAAUGGAAGGGAAGGAAAAAGUAGAAAUCUAAAAGUUAUUUAACUAUUGGAAACGAAUUCUGUAGCUCAAAAGAAAAUAAUAAAACUCGUUAUAAAUAUUUAUAGUUCUAAACUGUCUUUGCUUUUUAAGGCAUUGUGAAAGCAUUUCAUUUUAUGAGCUUCGAUGGCGUGAAAUGGACUAGUUAGGUAAUUGAUAGUCUUGUAUUAGCAUAAAAAUUUUGCAAAAUUUUUUAAAUUAUAAAUGCAAACUGGUGAUGUAUUCCCAUUGUCGCCAAAGCAACAUAUGCUAAUCCCAUCUACCCUUUGAUCUCCACUGUUAAUUCAAAAGAAUUCGUAAGCACGCUUUAGUGUCAUUCGCAUACACACAAGAAACGAAUACCACACGAAACCCAUAUGCAUGCUUGGCCUUACCUCUGAUCUUGCCAUAGUCCCAAUUCCAAUGGCAGCAACAAUUGUGCGACGAGGCGCGCUGUGAUGCGUGAGCUAUGAGUUGUGAGCUGUGGGGUGUCGUGAUAGCACCUGCUGUAGAGGUAACCGGCUCACGUAGCCGCUUAUUAAAAGCCGAACAGGAAGAGUUUCUGUUUCCAGUGAGCAUUCGAUUUUGUAUAAAAUCAAUGCGUAGAAAGUGAAUUACAGCUGCGUCGAUAAUACGCAAAAAGCCAUACCAAGCGAAAACUGAAAAUCGGAGUCGCCAAAAAAGCCCAACUCGCUGCUUUUGCACCCCGCGCUGCCAUUAGCCAACCCAGCAGCAGUCAACAGUCGGGUUCGUGCGCCUGCUGGACACGAAGCUCUUCGUGUGGCCGCCGAUGCGUCUGUUAAUUCAAACGGCAACGGCAACGAGAGGCGCUGCAGCAGCUGGUCUGCAGUCCCAUUCGCAGUCCCAAUAUAAUUACUGCAGCAUGCGUGAGGACGACAUCGAGCUGGCCAUUAAGGUGGUAAUCGUUGGCAAUGGGGGCGUAGGUAAAUCUUCAAUGAUCCAGCGCUACUGCAAAGGCAUCUUCACGAAGGACUACAAGAAGACGAUUGGUGUUGAUUUUCUAGAGCGUCAGAUCGAGAUAGAUGGCGAGGACGUGCGCAUCAUGCUGUGGGACACAGCUGGACAAGAAGAGUUCGAUUGCAUAACCAAGGCUUAUUACCGAGGUGCCCAAGCCUCAGUGCUGGUGUUUUCAACGACAGAUCGUGCCUCCUUCGACGCAAUCAAGGAAUGGAAACGUAAAGUGGAAAACGAAUGCAAUGAAAUACCAACAGUGAUUGUCCAGAAUAAAAUCGAUCUUAUCGAGCAGGCAGUGGUGAGUGCGGAUGAAGUUGAAACGCUGGCCAAAAUGCUCAACUGUCGACUGAUACGCACUUCCGUUAAGGAGGACAUCAAUGUGGCCUCUGUGUUCCGCUAUCUGGCCACAAAGUGCCACCAGCUAAUGACGCAGACCUACGACCAAGUAUAUGGCAGUAACAACAGCACUCAGCAGGCGACGACGCAUCCGCCCUACAGUAAUGCGCCGACUAUCAGCGCAUUUAGCCCGACCUUCACUAAGUCAAGUAGCGGCACUAUUGUCCUACGUCCUGCCAAAAAGAGCAGCGGAUCGAGUGCGGCGCGAAAGCGCAAAAUUGUGCUGAAGAAGUGUGGCAUAUUGUGAGGGGAAUGCAGAGAGGGGCAUCUAUCUUUACAGCUGUUGGCAACUAAUAACUAGAGCAUAUUUAACGCUUAAUUAUUUUAGUGCCCCCACAAAAUCAAGUUGUAACCAUGUGGCCAGCCAAGCGUUUGAAGUACAGUCAUUCGCUAGUCGUGCCCAGACUCCGCAACAAUCUCAGUUGUUGCAUGAUAUGUGCAGUGGAGCAGAGGCAGGAGUUAAGGAGCAGAAGAGUGACUGGAGGAGGGGAUGUGAACGAAAUAAUAAAAUUACAGCCACGCAAAUCAUGCAUUCUAACAAAAGAAAAACAAAACCACUUUUUCAUUAUGGCGCUUCUAUAUCCCAUAUUUCGUAGCAAUAUUUUCGAUAUUAGUCCUCUUUUGCAAAUGUAAAUUAUAUUUAUUCUUCAGCAUCAAUUAAAUGCGAACAAAAUGUCUAGUAUACAGACCAUAGCACAAAUUUUAGCCCUUUGCUCAAUAUAAAUAGUAUUAUGCUAAAUUUAUCAUUUAUACAGCUUUGCUGCUCAAACUCCUAAUUUGAAUAUUUACCAAUUAUCCAAUGCUCCAUUAUAAACAUACAUAUAUUCAAUUUUAGAUAUUCAGAAACUUUAAUUUUGACUCCACAUCAGUAGCUUGAGCAGUCGUCGUUUGUAUAUAACUUAAGGUUUAUUUAUUAUGGGAAUCUUUUUAAAAGUCAUGUAUACUAAAUAAGUAACAUUUAAAUAUUUGAUAUAGUUUUUUAUUCACUUGAAAAAAAUAUAUGGAAAAAUUAAUAAGAAUAAAAAUUUAGAGAUCACAUAUGUAUGAUUUAUUUGAACUAAACUUGGCUUAAAAACCGUAAUUCACGAGUUGAACGAAAAUUCUUGUGCUUCCCUGCGUAAGAAGUAGGCAUUGACUAUAUAUAUAUAUAUAUGUGUGUAGACUCAUUCAUGUGAAUCCCAUGAGUAAUUGAUUUUGUUUUAUGAUGUAACUAUAAAUGUAACUCUUCAAAUUGUCUGACAAUAUUUCCGAAGCACACUAGAUGUCAAAACUCGCUUAAUAUUAUAUUAUUAUGCUAUUGCAUAACUCCCUAUAACUAAUAAAUUAUAAUUUUUUAAUAAUUCA